CUAACCGUGCGCAUCUGUUUUGGCAACCACCUACGUGUCAUCUCAUUCGCUGUCGCGUUUUGCCGACAAGCUUUUGUUGGUUUUUUUCACUGUCCAUGAAGUCAAUAUCUUUCGGAACGAACGGCGGAAUGUGUAUCCAACUGUAAAGUGUAGCAGAUAAUCCAAAACUACGGCCAAAACAUAAAACAACAGGAAACAAAAUUAGUCAUUCGAUUGCGGGCUGUCUGACCGUUGGCUCGCACCGAAGAAAGCUUACGUGAAAAAAUGAAUCGUUCAACCGCAGGUUCAACCUUCAUAAACUAUCGGAAAACUGCCGGCUACUCGAGUCUGAUUACGUUCGCCGUGCUGCUGCUGGCCUGGUUAUGCGGGUUCUCCAGCCGUCUGUUUGCCGUCAUUCGAUUCGAGAGCAUCAUCCAUGAGUUCGAUCCCUGGUUCAAUUAUCGCGCAACGGCGCACAUGGUCGAGAAUGGAUUCUACAAGUUUCUCAACUGGUUCGACGAAUCGGCCUGGUAUCCAUUGGGUCGAAUUGUGGGUGGAACUGUCUAUCCCGGAUUGAUGAUAACCUCCGGCGGUAUCCACUGGUUGCUGCAUACACUCAACAUUCCUGUGCACAUCCGCGAUAUCUGUGUCUUCCUGGCGCCGAUAUUCAGCGGAUUAACGGCCAUUUCCACGUAUCUGUUGACGAAGGAGCUGUGGUCCGCUGGGGCUGGAUUGUUUGCUGCUAGUUUUAUCGCUAUCGUCCCCGGAUACAUUAGCCGAUCGGUAGCUGGAUCUUACGAUAACGAGGGUAUAGCGAUCUUUGCCCUGCAGUUUACCUACUACCUCUGGGUGAAGUCUGUCAAAACCGGGAGCGUGUACUGGGCCGUUUGUUCGGCUCUGUCCUAUUUUUAUAUGGUGUCGGCUUGGGGCGGUUACGUGUUCAUCAUCAACUUGAUCCCUCUGCACGUGUUUGCUCUGCUCGUCAUGGGUCGCUAUUCUCCCCGACUGUUCACAUCCUACACGACCUUCUACAUUCUGGGAUUGAUCCUAUCGAUGCAAAUUCCAUUUGUUGGGUUCCAACCUAUCCGUACCAGUGAACACAUGGCAGCAUCGGGCGUUUUCCUGCUACUGUUCGCUGUGGCAGCGCUCAAGCAUCUACAGACGGUUCUGUCCAAGCAGGAAUUUAAGAAGCUAUUCAUCAUCGGCGGUUUAGCUGCCGCUGGAGUCGUCUUUGCCGGUGUAGUCCUAUUGACAAUGCUCGGAGUGAUUGCUCCCUGGAGUGGCCGGUUCUAUUCGCUGUGGGAUACCGGUUAUGCCAAAAUUCACAUUCCUAUCAUUGCGUCCGUCUCGGAACAUCAACCCACGACGUGGUUUUCAUUCUUUUUCGAUUUGCACAUUCUGGUGUGUACCUUCCCGGUUGGAUUGUGGUAUUGUAUCAAGAAGAUCAACGACGAGCGGGUGUUUGUGAUUCUGUAUGCGAUCAGUGCUGUGUAUUUUGCCGGUGUCAUGGUUCGACUGAUGCUGACGUUGACUCCGGUGGUUUGCAUACUGGCGGGAGUAGCUUUCUCCGGGCUGCUGGAGGUAUUCCUCAAGGAGGAUGCUACACCGAACGGUAAGGAUGGAAAUGAUUCCGAACAUGAGGAACCGGCUGGCGAGAAGAAGCAGUUGUAUGAUAAGGCAGGAAAAUUGAAACAUCGUCCGAAGCACGACAGUUCAGCGCACGGAGCACAUGGGGAACAGAACGUCGGGUUGGGAUCAAAUGUCAAAAGUAUAAUUAUUGUGGCCAUUCUGAUGUUGCUGAUGAUGUUUGCCGUGCAUUGUACCUGGGUUACCUCGAAUGCUUACAGCAGCCCGUCGAUUGUACUGGCAUUCUAUAACAGCAACGAUGGAUCCCGAAACAUUCUGGAUGACUUCCGUGAGGCUUAUUACUGGCUUUGGCAGAACACCGCACCGGAUGCCCGUGUGAUGUCCUGGUGGGAUUACGGAUAUCAGAUAGCGGGAAUGGCAAACCGGACAACCCUAGUGGAUAAUAACACCUGGAAUAACAGUCACAUUGCGCUGGUUGGAAAGGCGAUGUCCUCACCGGAAGAUAAAGCGUACGAAAUAAUGACCUCGUUGGAUGUGGACUACGUGCUGGUGAUCUUUGGCGGUGUGAUCGGCUACAGCGGAGAUGACAUCAAUAAGUUCCUGUGGAUGGUGCGGAUUGCCGAGGGGGAACAUCCGAAAGAUAUCCGGGAGAGUGAUUACUUCACCGAUCGGGGCGAGUUCCGGAUCGAUGCUGAAGGCGCACCGGCCCUGCUCAACUGUUUGAUGUACAAACUCAGCUACUAUAAGUUUGGGGAAUUGAAGUUGGAUUACAGAGGCCCUGCCGGCUAUGACCGCACUCGGAAUGCCGUCAUCGGAAAUAAAGACUUUGAGCUGACCUAUUUGGAGGAAGCCUACACGAGCGAGCACUGGUUGGUGCGUAUUUACCGGGUAAAAAAGCCGCACGAAUUCAAUCGACCAGCAUUGAAACCGGACGACAGGAUCGUACCAGCGGGAGAUUUCGUAUCCCGGAAGACCUCCAAACGGAGGAAAGGUCUUAUCAAGAACCGUCCGGUCGUGGUUAAGGGAAAGCGAAAUAAGUAAGCAGCCGCUGAAAGUAAUCCCCCCCCCCCAAUUUGCUGCUAUCGUAGCGUACUACUACUAUUAAACACUUCUUUUUUCGACUGAGUUCAAAAAGAAAGUAGAAAGGUGUGUCUUUCUGUGUGAUUUUGUCAGUACAUCAAUGAUUCGUCGUUAUUGUUUGUGUUAAUGCACCUCUCAGCCUGCAUAUUGCAGGACAAACGUCUAGUUACAAGCAUCAUUUUUCUCAAAUGUCUCAGAAUUUUCAGUUCCAUCGUCUCAGAAAAUGUUACUAUGAGUACGUAAUUUUAAAAUAAGCAUUGGAACUAAAUUUGCUGAAAACCCAUAAAAAAACAAAUCUUUAUCGAAUCACUUAGUAGCCCAUCCUGAAUACUAACCACAAGUAACGCUGCAAUUCUUGCGACGGCUAAAAAACCGUUUGUUUCAACUAAAAACCCACCCAUCGGAAUACUGUGAAUCGGUGGUUUAAUAAUCAUGAAUAUAGUUAUAUGUAAUAGAUUUCCGCUUCUCCAAUCAGUCUAGGCUUUUCUUUAACGAUCUUGUUCCGUAGCAGUAAUGAAAAAUAAUAAAAUAAAAUAAUUAUCUGUUUGACUGAAGGCUGUUUGAUAUGAUGAUCGGGUUAUUUAGUUUAGCGAGUUUGCCCCUUGGAAAGAAUUGAGUUGAAUAAUACAAAACGGGCGCUUUAGGCAUUUAUAUAGAUCACCGUCGCUGAUCGGUAGCGUGUUUUAUUUCAUUUUUCAGCGCACUACUAAGGCGAGGGUAAAUAUUAGGGAGCUACCGGCGGAAGACGUUUAGCAAAAAUGAUACAGUUUCAGUGAAUCAAUAAAUAAUACACAAAAAUAUCAA